ACAAUAAAAUUAAUUAAAAAAGGAAUCUAGUUUUCUAAACUAAAAUUUCCAUGGCUAUCAAUUUCAAAAACUUUAGUUCUCACAUUUGAUCAUCAUCUCUCUCAAAUGAUAACUCCACUCAAGCUCACCAAUGGCAACAUUCCUUGCGUCAUUUUCCCGGAUUCGAAUGAAUUGCAGUCGAAGACAAUUUCCAGAGCUUCCCCGCCAUUUCGCGCCCCAAAGUCAGAUAAGUUUUUUUGUUAGUCGGAGCCCUAGCGUCCGACUCUGCCUCAGCAAUGCCGAAAUUAGCGUCAACGAUCCAUUGAAAUCUGAGGAUGGAUUUUCUAAUCAUCAGAUGGAAGGUUCAAUGGAAAAGAAUGAGAAUAGUCAGAAACAUCCCCGGAAAUCAAAUAAGGUACUGGAGAAAUUGAGGCGAUAUGGAAUUUCUGGAAUAUUGUCUUACGGAUUGUUGAAUACAGUCUACUAUCUUACAACAUUUCUCGUUGUGUGGACAUCCCAAGAUUGAAUCCAAUGGAGACAGGGUAGCGUUUAUAGCAGAGGAUUAGAGCACACAUACUACCUACACUCGGAUAAAAAGACCUUGUGAAGCUCCACUUUAGGAGAGCUAGAAUUUCAAAACAUAUGGGCUUAAGGGUUGAGGUGCUAAGCGAUGACAUUUCAGCCUUUUGAACAUGAUUCUUGCUUUCCAUCAAUAUUGAUGGUUGUGGGACUCUGGUUGGAGACACCUUUACUACCUCAUCAGUGGGCGAUAAUUUAUUUCAUUUUAUUAUUAUUUAUUUUUCAGAAAAUAACACUUCUUAUAACAUUACUUUAUCUUCUAUUUAUUUCAUCACUCUUCCGUUGGCAGUCUACUCAGUCUUCAUAUCGAAUUAUUUAUUUGC